UCAGGGUUACACUCGGGAGGAAUGGCAUACCUUAUGGCAGCCUUCUCAGUCAGCAAUACUACUGUGACCAACUCUAUCAUAAUGAACACUAACGGACCUCCUGAUCUCAUGUUGGACACCAAGUCAGUGUGUGUUUCUGUUGAUGAUGUAAUGACCAACCAUACUGGCAACCAACAGAUCCCACUGUUACAUGCACACUUGAAAAAAGUGGAGAACAAUCUAACAGAGGCACAGCGCUUCUCGUACCUGCCCCACAGACCAGCAGUCAAUAUUGAAUUCAGAGACCUCUCAUACUCAGUUCCUGAGGGGCCAUGGUGGAGAAAGAAAGGUUACAAGACCCUGCUGAAAGGCAUCUCUGGCAACUUUACCAGUGGAGGUCUAGUGGCCAUCAUGGGGCCCUCAGGAGCAGGGAAGUCAACGCUUAUGAACAUCCUGGCAGGAUAUAGAGAAACAGGAAUGAAAGGAGAUAUCUCGAUAAACGGACAAUCCAGAGAUCUGCGGUCCUUUAGGAAAGUGUCUUGUUAUAUUAUGCAAGACGACAUGCUUCUGCCACACCUGACGGUCCAGGAGGCCAUGAUGGUGUCAGCUAAUCUGAAGCUCCAGGAAAAGGAGGAGGGAAGGAGAGAAAUGGUGAGCGAGAUCUUGACUGCACUUGGCUUGUUGGAGUGUGCUAAAACACGCACAUCUAACCUUUCUGGUGGCCAGAGGAAACGCUUGGCAAUCGCCUUGGAACUUGUCAACAACCCACCUGUCAUGUUUUUUGAUGAGCCCACAAGUGGACUGGAUAGCGCCUCCUGUUUCCAGGUGGUCUCACUGAUGAAAGCUCUGGCUCAAGGAGGCCGAACAGUUAUCUGCACCAUUCACCAGCCCAGUGCCAAAGUCUUUGAGCUCUUUGACAAACUUUAUGUUCUGAGCCAAGGCCAGUGCAUCUACCAGGGGAAAGUAUCAAACCUAAUUCCCUAUCUAAGGGAACAUGGACUCAACUGCCCUACAUAUCACAACCCUGCUGAUUUCAUAAUGGAAGUGGCCUCUGGAGACUAUGGUGACCACAUGACUCGGUUGGUAAAAGCUGUUAAUGAGGGGAAGUGUGAGAAAGAUUACAAAAGUGAGAUGAAUGGUGAUGGGACUCUUAAAUCCAACUUUUGGCAUAAACCUUCUGAGGGCUCCUCUUCCACAGACGGCUGUCACAGUUUCUCUGCCAGUUGUCAUACGCAGUUCUGUAUCCUCUUUAAAAGAACUUUCCUCAGCAUCAUUAGGGAUUCGGUGUUGACCCACCUGCGCAUCACCUCUCAUAUUGGAAUUGGGUUCCUGAUAGGGCUUCUGUACCUCGGCAUCGGAAAUGAGGCCAAGAAAGUCCUCAGCAACUCUGGUUUCCUUUUUUUCUCUAUGCUCUUCCUCAUGUUUGCUGCUCUGAUGCCUACUGUGCUUACCUUUCCUCUUGAGAUGGGUGUCUUUUUGAGAGAACACUUAAAUUACUGGUACAGUCUGAAGGCAUACUACCUAGCAAAGACUAUGGCUGAUGUCCCAUUCCAGAUUGUAUUCCCAGUGACAUAUUGCAGCAUUGUUUAUUGGAUGACCUCUCAACCAUCAGACGCUGUUAGGUUCAUCCUCUUCUUGGCUUUGGGUACGCUGACAUCAUUGGUGGCACAGUCUUUGGGUCUUUUGAUUGGGGCGGCAUCUACAUCAUUGCAGGUGGCCACUUUUGUAGGGCCAGUGACUGCCAUACCUGUGCUGCUAUUUUCAGGCUUUUUUGUCAGUUUUGACACCAUCCCAAAAUACCUCCAGUGGAUAUCUUAUAUUUCCUAUGUCAGGUAUGGUUUUGAAGGAGUUAUCUUGUCCAUCUAUGGGCUGGACCGUGAGGACCUACACUGUGACAAAGAUGAGACAUGCCACUUCCAAAAAUCCAAGGCCAUUUUGAAGGAGCUAGAUGUCGAAAACGCUGAGUUGUAUCUUGACUUCAUUGUGCUGGGCAUCUUCUUUGUCUCCCUGCGUCUUAUUGCCUACUUUGUCCUCCGCUACAAAAUCAGUGCAGAGAGGUAGACAGCAAGACAAUGACAACUUUGACAAGACUUACAUUUUAGGAAGGGUGAGCAGAGAGAACAAAAGUGGGUUAUUUUUCUUCAAACUUGGCUUCAAAAAAGGACUGCUAUCUUUGUGGAUGCCCCUAUCAUACAGCAAUACACUGAACAGUUUUUUCUACUCACCAUUGGUGCACUAUUUUGAACAAAAAAAAUACAAGGAUACCCGUAUGGAUUGACAAUAUAAGUAUAUGUACAAGAGACAAUCUACAGUUGGUUUGAACAGUUAUCAGGGAGUUGGACUCAUGUCCUGUCUUGUGUUAUGCUGUGUACAUUAUAUGUAUAACAUUCUGUCUGCCUGGGAAGGAUGGAUCCAAUCCUUAAUAAAUAGGAUACAACAAAUCAAUUAGGUAAAUAGGAAAGGGUUUCACAAUUUUAAGAGCUGGUCUCUACUAGGGGUAGCGUGACUUUUAAGGACUAAUCAUCUUUUCCAUAGUUAAAGCAAAAACUGUUUCAGAAUAUUGCUAAUUUAGGUUAUUUUAUUACAGUAAAAAGUCAUUAACAGCACCAAAGAACACACCAAACUGCACUUCAAUUAACUACCACACACAAGCUACAGUAUGAAUUACCUUUCCAGCUUCAAUGCUUUUUUAGGCUACAGUUAAUGACAGAAAUAUGUGCAAUAAUAAAUUUGUGUAUCAUAUUACACUAUUUAUGGACAUACAGAUUCAUAAAAUGCACUCGUGUGAAUGAGCUGGCAGAGCAGCUGAAGUCAUUGAUUCUGGACUUGAGACAGCACAGUGUGGAAGCUCAUCAACAGAACCCACCUUAUAGCUCACUGGAUGAAGGAUGCUAUGUGUGCAAUAGUGUCAGGGAAGUUUUACCAGGCUGAUAUUGACUUGGGAGUUGAACAUUCAGCUCUGUCCUUAGCAGCAUCUGAAAAUGAAACUUAAUCGGCCUUGGCCAGCUGGCAUGCUCUGGCAGGCUCUAAAUUAGCUGUGACUAGUUGUAAUGUGGCCCAAGUGAAACUGGGUAAUGAUUUAUCAGCCCAUGGCACCUAAUGCGUUUUAUUAUAGAAUUCACAACUAUAGCCAUGCAAUCUCCCAUUGCCAUUGAAAUUCAAUGACUGGAUAUUGAUGGACAGUAAAACUCAUACACCAUCAAUACUCUCACUGAGCCUGUAACAUGCCUGCAUAACACAUCCAAAUGCCAAAGUACUUCAAUUAAAUAAUAUUCAUAAUGGGGACUGAACUACACCUUCUUAAAUAGACUUGCAUCCAGCUUGGUAAGCUUAUCCAUUACAUUGUGUUCACAGUGUACCCAAUUGAGUGUAUGGGUUAGGUCAAGAAAUCAUAAAAUUCAAUAUUUACUCUUGGUGCACUGAAUUUACCAUUUUGAGUUUUCAAAUUAAUAAAGUUUUUGCCCACAUAAACUUUUACUAAAAAAAGAAAACACACAAUAUGGAAUAAUUUAGCUUCUCAAAGGUGGCA